AUGAUGGGAGUGAGCGACUGCGUGAGCGUGAGGCAGGCCCGGGGCGGCUGCCACUGUCCCGCCUGUCCCCGGGGCUCCGCUCACGGCCCCCGUCUGCCGCCGCAGACCCUCGUCCUGCCGCCCAUGGCCCUGGAGCCCGACUCCACGCCCGUGAAGGACAAGAAGGGCUCCAAGAUGAAGGUGCUCAAGAAGAUCAAGAAGAAGAUCGGAUUAGCUCCCCGCUCCUCGUGUUCCGGCGGCGCGCCCAACAACCUCCCCCCCCUGAGCUUCCACUCGGUCCACGGUGAGAACGUGCGCGUGUCUCGUGACGGCAGCACGGCGCGCCGGGUCGAGUCCUUCUGUAAGGGCGUCGCUUUCAGCGCGAGGCCCGUCAGAGUUAAUGAGAAGGUGUGCAUCCGCUUCGUAGAGAUCUCCAACAGUUGGAGCGGCGUGAUCAGGUUCGGGUUCACGGGUCACGACCCCGCGACCCUCGCGCACCCUCUACCCAAGUACGCCUGCCCCGACCUCACCAACAAGCCCGGCAACUGGGCGAAGGCGCUGGGGGAGAGGUUCUGUGAGAAGGACAACGUGCUCUACUACUACGUGAAUAGUAACGGAGACGUGCUAUUCGGAGUCAACGGGGAGGAUAAGGGACUGUUCUUCAGUGGAGUGGACACCAGGAGCCCGCUGUGGGCUCUGAUAGAUGUGUACGGGAACUGUACCGCCGUGCAGUUCACUGACCCGCGGGCGCCCGGACACAGACGAUGUGCGCAGACUCCCGGGGAAGAAGACAGACUGGUCGGGGGGAUGAGGGCGCUGACCGUGGAUGAACCGCUCCCCGCGCCACGACAUCAGAGCCCGCUGGUGCCGCUCACACUACACAGAACACGCGGCAGAAAUGUGCACUACGUUAACGAUAGAGGCGUCGCGGCGCGCGCUGACGCUGAGUUCUGUCAAGGAUACGUGUUCACGGCGCGCCCCAUGAGGCCCGGACAGACCAUCGUAGUGCAGAUCCUCGCUACAGAGGCGGCCUACGCCGGCAGCCUCGCGAUAGGCCUCACGUCGUGCGACCCCGCGUUACUCACACAGGACGCGCUGCCCGACGACGCCGACCAGCUGCUGGACCGGCCCGAGUACUGGGUGCUCAAGAGGGACGCGGCUUCCGGCUUGAGGAGGGGCGACGAGCUGGCUGUGACACUCACACACGACGGGGAGGUGCGCCUGGGGAGGAACGGCGCGCCGCCCGCCACCCUCAUGCACGUGGACCACACGCUGCGGCUGUGGGCCUUCGUGGACAUAUACGGAGCGACGCAGAGGGUGCGGCUACUGAGUACGGCCGCGCCCUCCCCGCCCGCACAGCCCGCGCCGCCCGCUGUACGGGUGCUGGGAGCGGCGCCCGGCGGGACCGUGCUGGUGGUCAGCCUGCCGCCGCAGCAGCAGCAACACCAACAGCACCAGCAGCAGCCGCUCACACUCGCCAGCGCUCACUACAUAGAGCCGCUCCAGUCGUCCCAGCUGUGUGUCGCCCCCUACCGCCGCGAGCACUGCGCCUCCAGCUCACAGAACAGCUGUAACGAGCAGCUGACCCUGCCCCCCACUACUGAGCGUCUGCAACAAGUACAACCUCUCCCCUCCACCAGCCGACAGUACUCCAUGUUAGAAGGCAACCUGACAGGCGCCGAGUGUACGAUCUGCUUCGAGAACCCCGUGGACAGUGUGCUGUACAUGUGCGGACACAUGUGUAUGUGUUACCGCUGCGCCGUGCAGCAGUGGAGGGGCAAGGGCGGCGGCCAGUGCCCGCUGUGCCGCGCGCAGAUCAAAGACGUCAUACGUACAUACAAGUCAUGA